GGGAGCAGGUACCUGUCAAAUUCGGGUACCCGCUCCCACUUCCGGUCCAAUUGCCUAGGCGACCGGAAGCGGAAGGUGUCCUCCCUCCCUUCCUGUAGUCUUUUGGGACACGUGACAGGUCCCAGAAGACUACAGGACCAUUCGCGAAGCGCAGCUCUACUUGCGCAUGCGCAGUGGAUACCCGGCUGUGAAGCCGCAAGCUGUCACAGCCGGGUGCCCACACUGAAGAUGCUGGCCUCCUGGAAUACAGGACGGCUGGUGAAAAGAUCUGCGGGGGCCACACCACAG